UUGAAAUCUAGGCAAAUGGGUAGCCAACUUCUUUUGCUACUUGUAAUACAAUGUCUCCUCUUUUUAAUUUCCUUUGUUUCCUUAUCUACAUCUGCAUUGUGCCAAAAUGAUCAACAGCUUGCGCUACUCCAUUUCAAACAAUCCUUUACUAUAGAUCCUAGUCCACCAGAUUAUUGUGCCCAGAUUAGCACUAUCCAGGUAUCCAAUGAAGGUGUCCAGAAUUCCUAUCCAAAAACCAUUUCUUGGAAUAGUAGUAUUGAUUGCUGCUUGUGGGAUGGAGUUACGUGUGAUGAGUCCACGGGCCAAGUGGUUGAGCUUGAUCUCAGUUGCAGCCAACUUCUCGGAACAAUUGAUUCCAAUAGCACUCUCUUCCACCUCUCUCAUCUACAAAAGUUAAAUCUUGCAGGGAAUCGAUUCGAUGGGUCAUUCAUUUCACAUAAAUUUGGGGACUUUUCUUAUCUCACACAUCUCAACCUUUCAAGCUCAAGAUUGUCAGGUCAAAUUCCUUCAAAAAUCUUACAUCUUCCCAACUUAAUUUCUCUUGAUCUAGGUGACACUUUCUACUCAUCUUCUCUUUUUGAAAUUGGAAAUCAUGAUUUCAUGUUUCUCCUUCAAAAUGCAACACAAUUAAGGGAACUAGUUCUCGAUGGAAUACCCAUCCAUUCAUCUAUACCACCUAAUGUCUCUUCUUCCAUAACAACUUUGAGCCUUUCUUACACAAAAUUACAAGGAAGUUUGCCCACAAACAUCUUUCACCUCCCAAAUUUGCAAAAGCUUCUUUUACAAGGCAACGAAAAUCUCUCAAUUCACUUUCCAAGCACCAGAUGGAACAGUAGUUUGUCUCUCUCUUAUUUGGAUCUCGGCAGUACUGGAUGUCCUCCAAACAUUAUUGAAUCUCUUAGGAAUCUUAGCAGAGUCAAGUAUUUGGGAUUAGCAAAUUGUGGAUUAAGUGGUAAAGUUUCAGAGGCUAUUUUAGAUCUUGAGCAACUCACAGCAUUAGACCUUUCUGGUAACAGUUUGGAAGGUGGCGUUGCUGAUUUGCUUAUAAAGCUCUGGAGGUUGAAAAGGUUAUUUCUUUAUAGUAAUAGCUUCACUGCCCAAUUUCCGUCCUCUAUCACCAACAUUACUCAACUGGAAGUCUUAGAUCUCUCAAACAGUUCACUAUAUGGAACAAUACCCUCUUGGCUUUUUAAUCAUUCUACUCUAUACAUUCUUGACCUCAGUUCCAAUCAACUCCAAGGAUCCAUUCCAACAUCAUCACUUUCAAAACAAAAGAAUCUGAUCAUCCUUAACCUUUCAUCCAACAAUUUCAGCGGUACUGUAGAGCUCAACAUGUUCUCAAACCUCAAAAGAAUAAUGGUUCUACGUCUAUCUAACAACCGCUUAUCACUAGUCUCCAAUCCCAAAAUCAAUUCUACAAGUUGGCUUGAAAACCUCAUUUCCUUGAGUUUAUCCUCAUGCAAUUUGACAAAUUUGAAUUUUUUAAGAGAUUCAAAGUACCUUAGGAAUCUAGAUCUUUCCAACAAUAAAAUACAAGGAAGAAUUCCGGAAUUGGGUUGGUCCAACAGUACAAGUUGGCUUGAAAACCUCAAUUCCUUGAGGUUAGCCUCAUGCAAUUUGACAAAUUUGAAUUUUUUAAGAGAUUCAAAGUUCAUUGAGUAUCUAGAUCUUUCCAACAAUAAAAUACAAGGAAGAAUUCCAGAAUGGGCUUGGUCAAACUGGCAGGACACAUUGUGGUAUCUUAAUCUAUCCCACAACCACCUCACCAGUGUGGAAGGAAUUCAACUUCAUUCAAUUAUUGUUAUUGAUCUCCAAUUCAACUUGCUAGAAGGGCCACUUCCUAUUCCAUCAUCUCCCUCAUUAAGAUAUUAUUUUGCAUCACAAAACAAACUCAGUGGUGAGGUGCCUUUCACUGUGUGCAAUUUAAGCCAUGUUCAAAUUCUAGACUUGGCAACCAACAAUUUAAGUGGUGCAAUACCGCAAUGUCUUGGAAAUUCUAGCGAGUUUUUGGAGGUACUGGAUCUGCAUAACAAUCAAUUUCGUGGUUCUAUUCCUUCAACUUUUUUCACUUCAAAUAAGUUACAUACUCUUAAUUUGAGAGGAAAUAAGUUGGAAGGAAGAAUACCACAAUCCUUGGCCAACUGUACUAAUUUGGUAGUUCUUGAUCUUGGAGAAAACAACUUGAGCUCUAUAUUCCCAGAGUGGCUCUUAAAACUCCCAAAAUUACAAGUACUUAGUCUGAGAUUUAACCACUUCCAUGGCACCAUAACCACUUCACCAACCAAACACCUGUCUUCUCAACUAAAGAUCAUUGAUCUCUCUCACAACGAGUUUACUGGGAAUUUGCCGAUUUGGUUGUUCAAGAGCUUUACUGCUAUGAAAAAUACCGAUGAAGCUAAAAAGUCACCAAGUUAUUUUGGAGUUCAAAGAAAUUACUACAAAGACUCUUUGGUGUUGGAGUGGAAGGGAAAUGAGUUAAAUUUUUUAAAAAUCUUGACUGUGUUAACGACCGUUGAUCUCUCAAGUAACAAAUUUGAAGGGAAAAUUCCUGAUGACGUAGGACAACUUAUUUCCCUCCGAGGUUUGAAUUUAUCGCACAACAUGUUGAUUGGUUGUAUCCCCCGUUCUUUUAGAAAACUAUCGGCGUUGGAAUCAUUAGACCUUUCCUCAAACCAGCUUGUUGGGGAAAUUCCAAAGGAGUUGGCGCCUCUUACAUUUCUCAGUGUUUUCAAACUCUCUCAUAAUCAUCUUACAGGAUGCAUACCUAAGGGGAAUCAAUUCAAUACAUUUGAAAAGAGUUCUUACGAAGGGAAUGAUGGCCUACGUGGAUAUCCGAUGACAAAAGAUUGUGGGAAUGGUGUCUCAUCUCAACCACCUACCGUAGAAGUGCUCCAUCAAGAAGACAAUGUGAGCAUUUUAUAUGGGUUCACUUGGAAAGUUGUGUUGUUGGGCUAUGGUUGUGGCACUGUUUUUGGAAUGAUAAUGGGGAGUCUCAUGCAUUUAAGUCGAAAGCCCUUUUGGAUUACCAGAAUUGUUGAAGAAGAAGGAUACAAAAUUAUGAGGAAAGAAAAUAGAAAGAAGUCAAAGACACCCAGGAGUGGAAGAAGAAGAAUCUAGGGCUUUAACUCUAUUUUGAUGCAAAGGAUGGACUGCAUUUCAAAUUCAACACUAGUAGAUAAGAUAGUUGAAAUAAAUUUCACUCCAUGAUCUGUUCAUAUAAUGACUAUUGAAUUAUGCUUUUGCUUUACUUCACUUCAAAUCGCAAUAAUUGUUAUUUAUAAAUAGUAAAUUGUUUUGAAAAAUAGCUAAUUUUUUAA